GACUGUGCAUCGGGGUUCAAGUGCCGAUCCAUCUGGGCAAGAAGACGAAGACGAUGCGGAGAGUCCAACAAAGCGUCCCCAUGGAGACCCUGGUGCUGACCUCCCCAUGUUGCCAAGCUCAGUUUAAGGGUGAUGUGGAAUCCGUCAAGGGGCGAACUAAAGUUUUGGAGCGGGACCUCUCCUCCAUUCGGAAAGAGCACGAGGCUGGAAAGAUCAAAGUUCAGGAGCUUACUGAGGAAGUCAAGAACCUCAAAGUGCAAUGGGGUGAAUUGCAGACGAAGGGCUCCUCCAGUGACCGUCCCGACCGGAAGAACGAUCUGGCCAACGUCCCCCAUGACCCCUGGGCAGAUUACAUUCGAAAGCAACAAGAGUGGCCUCCUCCCUUUGGUCCAGCACGCCGACGACUGAAGACACCUGGGGGCGACUUUCUCCCGCCCGGACCAGCUCGUGGACAUGGACCUGCAACCUCUGCCGACGCCUUCAACACUGACCCCAAUGACACGCUCACUGAGGACGAGAAGAAGACGUUGAUCAUUGGUGGAUGGGUUGCAGACACGCGAAAAGCAGUCAUCGAGGAAGAAAGUGAGGCGAUCCUUCUUCACCCAACCAUUAAGGACCUCAUCGACACCCCCAAGCUGGCAGUCUAUGGCCCCAGGAGAAGUGUUGGGAUGCUUAAAUUUAGUCAGCGAGCUGAUGAACACUGCUUCGAGGAUGUAAAGGCACUCAUGUGGCUCGUGGUCAAGGCUGUGGCAGCGCUCAAGCUGAACCUGGACAGCACCAAGCAGGCUGGGGAAACCAAGGUCGCCUGGGCGGGGUUCGUCAAGACCAGGAACGCGAGAUUGAGAACUUCACACAUCAGCAUGAUCCGCCGCGUCACAGUCGGCCUGGUCGAGGACACCAAGGACGACAAUGGAUGUAUUAA